AUGGAUUCUAGUUUAAGAAGGCCAGCAGUCGGCGAAGGUACGUACUGUGAAGACUGUCGCAUGGUGCGGCCGGUAAAAAGUUGGCACUGCACGCAAUGCAACGUAUGUAUCAUCAAGCGCGACCACCACUGCACCUUCCUGUCGCGCUGCAUCGGCCUCUAUAACCAGAGGUACUUCGUGUUGUUCCUCGGACACGUGAUGCUCUCCAUGACGUACACUACCUACUACAACUACUACUUCGUGACCAUGAAGUUUAAAGACGACGGCUGGCUACUCUCAGCAUUCCGCCUGAUCAACCCUCUGUUACGAUUCAUCAUUCCAGAGCCCACGGGCUUCAAAGAUCUUUAUUUGUUCUUUUUGUUCUCAAACGUGGCCCUUAUAUUGUGGUCUGGUAGCUUAUUCUAUUGGCAUUUUAAAAAUGUUGUGAUGGGCGUGACUUCUUACGAGGCAAGAUUUCCUGAACUUAAGGACUUGAGCAAAUGGAAACAGAAUUUAAUUAAUGUAUUUGGGACUAAAUGGUACCUAGCUAUAAUAUGUCCUCUGUGUGAUAGCCCAUUACCGAAAGAAGCUAAAUACGAUUAG